AUGAAAACGAGUCUAGUGUAUAUAUGUGUGUGUAUGUGUGUGUGUGUAACAAGUGAUACGCUUCGUAUUCACGCUAGAAAUGAGGUUAGUGGAGGAGAACAAAUUAAUCGGGACGGCCAUGACUUCCUCUUGAACGUUAACAUAAACCGAUUAAUUCAAUUCGUCAGACCAAUGAAAAAAGAAAAGAAAAAAGAAAAGAAAAGAAAAAAGAAAAAAGAAAAAAGAAAAAAACAUUUUAGGUGUCACAGCAGGGCCAUUGGUCUGGUGGAGGUGGUGGAGGAACUACGUUACGGAAUGUGCUGCUCGUUGUAA